CACUCCUUCUUUGCGUUCCGACCGAUUGCUGCUUGAACAUCGUGCUCCUGCGGGUUCCUGUAGAUUUUGUUCAAUUCUUCCGUGUUAAAUCCUUGCAACCGCAUCAAAACAUCCGGAAAAUGGCCUUCGGUGAUGUCAAGACUCCCAAGGGGCUGGAGGAACUGAACAAAUUCCUCGCUGACCACAGCUAUAUCGAGGGAUACACCCCAUCCAAGGCCGAUUUGUCGGUGUUCGAUGCCCUCGGUAAGGCUCCGGCUGGAAACAACGUCCACGCCCAGCGCUGGUACCGUCACAUUGCAUCGUUCAGCAGCCAGGAGCGCAGCGCUUGGGGAGGACAGGCUCUGCCGCAGGUUGCCGGCGGAAAACCAACAGUGGCCGCUGCCGCCGACGAUGAUGACGAUGUCGAUCUGUUCGGUUCGGAGGACGAAGAAGAGAGCGCAGAGGCAGCGAAGCUGAAGGAGGAACGCCUGGCCGCUUACAACGCCAAGAAGUCGAAGAAACCGGCCCUCAUCGCUAAGAGCUCUAUCAUCCUCGACGUGAAACCCUGGGACGACGAGACCGACAUGAAGGAGAUGGAAAAUAAGGUUCGAUCCAUCGAGAUGGACGGUUUGCUGUGGGGUGCCGCCAAGCUCGUCCCUGUUGGUUACGGUAUCAAGAAACUGCAGAUUUGCUGCGUUAUCGAGGACGACAAGGUGUCGGUGGAUCUGCUGCAGGAGAAGAUUGAGGAAUUCGAAGAUCACGUUCAGUCUGUUGAUAUUGCCGCCUUCAACAAGAUUUAAACCAGCUGUUCGCGUGAAUGUUUUCCCUGAAUGAGUAAUGCUCCCUAUGAGAGGCACAGCUGAAUGCCUCAAUGGCGUUAAGUUUUGCCGAAAUCAAAGACAUUAUAUUACUUGUAUAGUGGGCAUUAUCUGCUGACUGUAUUUGGAAUAUAAUGACUGAAUCUGAAAGUACUGAAUUCUGAAGGCGAAAGCCAAUAAAAAUGUGUUGUAUGAAUAA